AUGCCCGCAGCCAAGGCCGAAGUAAAGGGCGAGUCCUCGACGGCCGCGUCCAAGGCGGCGCUCGCUGCCUCGUCCAAUGGCUCAACCAACUAUGAGCUGCCAUGGGUCGAAAAGUACCGGCCUGUAUUCCUCGACGAUGUGGUCGGCAACACAGAGACGAUUGAGCGGUUAAAAAUCAUCGCCCGCGAGGGCAACAUGCCUCACGUCAUCAUCUCGGGCAUGCCCGGCAUCGGCAAGACGACCAGUGUCCUGUGUUUGGCGCGGCAGCUGCUCGGAGAGUCGUACAAGGAGGCCGUGCUGGAGCUCAAUGCCAGUGACGAGCGAGGCAUUGACGUUGUUCGAAAUCGCAUCAAGGGGUUCGCGCAAAAGAAGGUCACGCUCCCCGCCGGUCGACAUAAGCUCGUGAUUCUCGACGAAGCCGACAGCAUGACGUCGGGCGCGCAGCAGGCGCUGCGAAGAACAAUGGAAAUCUACUCCAACACGACAAGAUUCGCGUUCGCCUGCAACCAGUCCAACAAGAUCAUCGAGCCGCUGCAAUCGCGAUGCGCCAUCCUCCGAUACGCAAAGCUCACGGACGCGCAGGUCGUCAAGCGGCUGAUGCAGAUCAUCGAGGCCGAAAAGGUCGAGUACAGCGACGAUGGCCUGGCGGCCCUCGUCUUCAGCGCCGAGGGCGACAUGCGGCAGGCCAUCAACAACCUGCAGUCGACGUAUGCGGGUUUCGGCUUCGUCUCCGGCGACAACGUCUUCAAGGUGGUGGACUCACCGCACCCGAUCAAGGUGCAGGCCAUGCUCAAGGCGUGCUACGAGGGCAACGUGGACUCGGCGCUGGACACGCUGCGGGAGCUGUGGGACCUCGGGUACUCGAGCCACGACAUCAUCAGUACCAUGUUCAAGGUGACCAAGACGAUCCCCACGCUGAGCGAGCACUCGAAGCUCGAGUUCAUCAAGGAGAUUGGCUUCACGCACAUGAAGAUUCUUGAGGGCGUCCAGACGCUGCUCCAGCUGAGCGGAUGCGUCGUGAGGCUGUGCAAGAUCAACAUGGACCCGAAAAAGUUUGUCGUGCCGACGAAAUAA